CAUUCGCCGCUUGAGGUCGCGUCAGUCGGGUUUCUGCGUUCGCCAGGGAAGUGCGUGCGUCUAUCUGGCUCCUCAAUUUAUCGUAUUUAUUUUCGGUUGUAUUGUCGAAUUAAUUAUUUAUAAUUAACUUACAAUACAUACACAAAUACGUAAUUAAAGUGUGAAAGUGUACGUUUCUGUGUGGAUUUACUUCAUUUACGGUUUGAUUUGCUAUAUCCAAUCCAACAAAGUCGAAAGGUCGAUAAUUACUUCGAAGCCGUGUACUGAGAUGGCAAAGACAGAGAAGUCGUUUCCAAGAAAUUUCACAGGAUGUCUAACAUGCGUGCAAGUGCUCAACAUAAUGGUCCUGCUCGGAUUCAUGCUGAAUUACGCACUGCGAGUGAACCUCACGAUCGCCAUCGUCGAGAUGAUAUACGACGCGCGGGACAACGUCACCGCCGCCGUCAACGUCACCAAUGUCACUGAUGUCUUCAAUAAUGUCACACAGCACCCGGAGCACAUAGAACAGACGCGCUACCACUGGGACACCAAGCAGAAGAACCACCUGCUCGGCUGCUUCUUCUGGGGCUACGUCAUGACCGAGCUGCCUGGGGGGCGGCUGGCAGAGAUCUUCGGAGCCAGGAGAAUAUUCGGCUUCAGCACAUUGCUGGCCAGUAUUCUGACUCUGCUGACUCCCGCUGCCGCCGCGGCCGGCUUCGGCUGGGCCGUGGCCCUCAGGGUGCUGCUGGGCUUCUUCCUCGGAGCCACCUGGCCAGCCAUCCUCCCCAUGGCAUCUAAAUGGAUCCCGCCUAUGGACCGCUCCAAAUUCAUGUCUAAUAUGAUGGCGUCAUCACUGGGCGCGGCCAUCACGAUGCCGAUCUGCGGCUUCCUCAUCGCGCACUUCGGCUGGGAGUCCGCCUUCUACUUCACUGGUAUAAUCGGCGUGAUGUGGUCGCUGGCGUGGUUCGCCGUGGUGUACGACUCGCCCGCGCAGCACCCGCGCAUCUCCGACUCCGAGCGACUGUACCUGGAGAAGGUCAUCGGCACCGACUCCAAUAAGAAGGGGCACACCCCGGUCCCGUGGAAGGCGAUGCUGCUGUCUGCUCCGGUGUGGGCCAUCAUCAUCACGCACGGCGCCUCGGUCUUCGGCUACUUCACCGUGGUCAACCAGCUGCCGACCUACAUCGAGGGGAUCCUGCACUAUGAUAUUAAACAUAACGGCCUGCUCUCCUCUCUCCCGUACCUGGGCAAGUACCUCUGCGCACUCGCGUCGUCCGUGCUGGCCGACUCGCUGCGGCGCUCCGGCCGCCUGUCCACCACGCACGCCAGGAAGCUGUUCACGGGCCUGGCCGUCGGACUGCCCAGUAUAAUGAUGCUGCUCAAAGCCUCGUACGGUCACGAGCGCGUGUGGUCGGUGGCCAUCUUCACGCUGGCGCUCACCAUCAACGGCGCCGUCACCGCCGGCUACCUGGGCAACGGACUCGACAUCGCGCCCAACUUCAGCGGAACCAUUUUCGGCAUGGCGAACACGCUGUCAUCAUUCGGAGGCUGGCUUUCCACCUUCAUGGUCGGGGAACUCACCAAAGAACAUAACACGUACGAGCGCUGGCAGAUAGUCUUCUACAUCCUGGCAGCCACAUACGCGCUGGGAGCCGUCUGCUUCGUCACCCUCGGCUCGGGCGAGCUGCAGCCGUGGAGCGCGCCCCGGGACCAGCCCAAGGACGAGAAGGAAGAGGAGCCGCUUAAUGAGAAGGCUUAGAGGGUAGAAGGGGG